AUGAGCUUUCUGUCGUCGACUUCGAGCGCGUCCGUUGCGUCGUCGAGGAGCUCGAGCUCGGCGUCGAGCGUCCAGACGUUCAGCGGCACACUCAAGGUCAAGGUCGUCGAGGCCAAGGACUUGAAGCCGCGCGAUGUGCCCGGCGGCAUCAAGCGCACAACGAUCGACCCGUACGCGGUCGUGCAGGUGGACGACACGCCGAUCGCACAGACCACCGCCAAACAGAAGAACUUUUGCCCGAUCUGGAGCGAGGACUUUGAGGAGGAGGUGCACAGCGGACGGUCUCUGGAGAUUAUCGUCUUUCACAAGUCACUCGUCCCGCCGGAUCAGUUCAUUGCCAGCGUGUGCGUGCCCCUAGAGCAGCUCUUGAAAAACCCGACGGGGAGGAACGAGGCCUGGUUUGAAUUGGAGCCCUGCGGCUCCAUCCACAUUAUUGCCGACUUCCAAGCACAAGCACCACGGAACAAGACGGCGUUCAAGCAGCGCGGAGACAACUUUAAGCGCCGGGGCGCCGUCCGCAAGCGCAAAAUCCACGAGGUCAACAAUCACAAGUUUAUGGCUCGCAACUUCCGCCAACCAACGUUCUGCUCGCACUGCACGGGCUUUAUCUGGGGCUUGGGUAAGCAGGGCUACCAGUGCCAGAUCUGCCAGGUCGUUGUGCACAAAAAGUGCCACGAGAAGAUUGUGAGCGUGUGCACCGGCAAUGCAAAGUCGGACGCAGACGACGCCGACAAGCGCUUCUCGAUCAACAUUCCACACCGAUUCAAGGUCUACAACUAUAAGAGCCCCACUUUCUGCGACCACUGCGGCUCGCUACUGUACGGUGUCUUCCGACAGGGCAUGCGCUGCGAAGCGUGCAAACUCAACGUCCACAAGCGCUGCCAGGACAAGGUGCCACACACGUGCGGCGUGGACGAGCGAUUGCUUGCGGAAGAGCUGGCCCGCAUUGGUACCAACGCCGAGGAGCUCGGCAACACGCGCUCCAAAAAGUCUCUGUCGAUCUCGGCCUCGGACUCUGCCGCAAGCGUGCCGCUGGCAGUAGCAGCAAGUGCACCGUCGCUCACCGUUCCUGGCGCGACGCUUGGUGGCAGCAGCACCUCGCCGCAGUCGUCGUCGACAGGCAUGCCGCCCGUGUCACCGACCACUGCACGCGCCGCUGCAGCCGCCACGGCCCCAUCCACGACGACGACGACGACGACGACGACGACGACCUCGGCGGUUGUUGCGUCGGCGGCCGCCGCAGGGGGCGCCAACAACAAGUCCAAGUUUGGGCUCUCGGACUUUAUCUUUUUGAAGGUGCUGGGCAAGGGCAGCUUUGGCAAGGUCAUGCUGGCCGAGCGCAAGGGCAGCGAAGACGUCUACGCCAUCAAGGUCCUCAAGAAGGAUGUUAUUUUGCAAGACGACGACGUGGAGUGCACCAACAUUGAGAAGCGUGUCUUGAUGAGCGCCGGCCGCCAUCCCUUCCUGUGCAACCUGCAUUCGUGCUUCCAGACACAAGACCGCAUCUUUUUCGUCAUGGAGUACAUUAACGGCGGCGACUUGAUGUUCCAGAUCCAGCGCGCCAAGAAGUUUGACGAGGAGCGCGCCCGCUUUUACUCUGCCGAGAUUGUCUCGGCCCUGCUCUACCUGCACAAGCAGGGCAUCAUUUACCGCGAUCUCAAGCUUGACAAUGUGCUGCUUGACGCAGACGGUCACAUCAAGCUGGCUGAUUUCGGCAUGUGCAAGGAAGGCAUCACCGGCACGGCCACCACUGGCACGUUCUGCGGCACGCCCGACUAUAUUGCUCCGGAAAUUCUGCGAGAGCAGCCUUACGGCGCGUCGGUCGAUUGGUGGGCACUCGGCGUUCUCAUGUACGAAAUGAUGGUGGGCCAGCCGCCAUUCGAAGCCGACAACGAGGACGACCUGUUUGAGGCCAUUCUGCAGGACGACGUCCUGUACCCGUCGUGGCUCUCCAAGGACGCCAUCUACAUUGUCAAGGGCUACUUGACCAAGACGGUGGCCAAGCGAUUGGGUUGCUCGCCCACCGGCGAGAAGGACAUCAAGAACAACGCCUUCUUCAAAGCCAUCGACUGGGCCAAGCUGGAAGCGCGCCAAAUCAAGCCUCCGUUCAAGCCCAAGAUCAAGUCGCGCAAGGACGCCAACAACUUUGACGAGGACUUUACCGCCGAAAACGCUGAACUCACCCCGACCGAUCGCGAGACCAUUCUUGCCAUUAAUCAGGAGGAGUUUGCUGGCUUCUCCUAUGUCAACCCCGCAUUUACCUCUGUUGCCAACUCUUAA